AUGGCGAACUUAUCAAAUGAGCUGGUUCAGUACAGGGGGCUCUUCCUGUUUAUUCUUGUGCUGGGCAUUGGAGGCACAUUUCAGUACGGCUUCAACAUUUCUGUAAUGAAUGCCCCUUCUCCGUUCAUGAAAGCCUUCAUCAACCAGACAUGGAUAAGAAGGUACGCAACACCAAUCCCACCGGAAACACUGACCCUGAUUUGGUCCUUUGUGGUGUCUGUUUUCAGCAUUGGUGGACUGAUUGGAUCUACUGCUUCUGGAUACUUUAUAGGGAAAUUUGGGAAGAAGAAGUGUCUGCUGUAUAACUGCCUACUGCCACUGGCCAGUGCUUUGCUCGUGGGAUUGAGCCGUACAGUCAACAGCAUUGAAAUGAUCAUGGUUGGACGCUUCCUUUGUGGCUUUUAUUCAGGUUUGGGAAUUAAUGUCCAUGCACAGUUUGCUGGAGAUAUCGCACCCCGGAAACUACGUGGAUUCAUCAAUGCCACUGGCCCCUUGUUUGUAACUCUGGGCAAACUAUUUGGGCAGAUUGUUGGACUCAGGGAGUUCUUUGGGACGGAAUCUCUAUGGCCCCAACUUCUCCUCACCAGUGGCAUUAUAUCAUUUGUCCAGCUGGUGGCGUUGCCCUUCUUCCCAGAAUCCCCUACAUACCUCCUACUGGACAAGGGUGAUAAGGAAGGUUGUAUGAGAGCCCUGAAGCAACUCUGGGGGGAUAGAGACCACCAGCCCCACAUUGAUCAGAUGAUGAAAGACCAUGGCUCAAGUAAAAGAAAGAUGAGUGCCUUGGAACUUCUGAAGGACCAAUCCCACCGCUGCCAGCUCUGUGUAAUGAUUGGCAUGAUCCUCUGUUUGCAGCUCAGUGGUGCCAAUGCAAUUUAUUUCUACUCAUAUGAUGUGUUUCAAGCAGCUGGCUUCCCUCAGGAUCAGAUUGCAUACGUUUCAUUGGGGGUCGGGGCAUUUGAAUUUAUUUCUGCCUUAAUCUGUAGCCUGCUUAUUGAUCGCUUUGGAAGGAGGGUGCUGAUUUUGGGAGGAUACAGCCUGAUGACUCUGACAUUGGGAAUCCUUACAGUUACUCUUUCCCUACAAGAUGCAUACAUCUGGAUGCCGUACUGCAGCGUGGCUUCCACAUUUCUCUUUAUUUUUCUAUAUGGCGCUGGACCAGCGGGUGCCACAAUAUCGACAUGCGUUGAAAUCUUCCCCCAAGUUCCACGAGUUCCAGCUUUUGUCAUUUCAGGAUGUUUCAGCUGGUUGGGACUUUACAUCCUUGGAAUGGUCUUUCCAUAUAUUGUUGGAACCCUGAACCAUUUCUGCUUUCUAUUGUUCAUGGCCGUUAUCGUCAUCUCGGCCACUUUAAUAUUUUUUAUUGUUCCUGAAACAAAGGGUAAAACAAUAGCACAAAUUUCAGAGGAAUUUAACAAGUUCAACUUCAGGAGGCAGCACAAACAGAACAAAGCAGAAGCCCAAGACUGCAUAAUAAGCACCAGACUGUGAAACAUCAGUAGGUCAUCACUCCCCAAGCUUGCCCUGUGAGAUUCCAAAACAUGCCUCCAUUCUCCAAGUGUGCUCUGAGUACCUGACUGUAAAUCCCCAAAGCAUGCCACCAAGGCAGCCUAAUCUCAUGACGUGCAAUUAAAACAAAAGCCUGAUCAACUAA